AUGACUUACGAUAGGAAUCAUCUUGAACAUCCAGGUACUAGGGAUUUGCCUAAGUCCUUUUCAGGAUAUGCACAUCAUUUGGUAUCACAAAUUAACAAAGAGAUCACGUGGAACAAAACGUAUGAUGUCACAGAGGAAUCGGAAGAGAUAAGUGAGAACGAUGGUGUCGUUGGAGUCAACGAGUUCGAUAGCACCGGUGAAAGUUUAGUGGCAAAAGCUGAUGAUUCUGGCAAGAAGAGUGGUUCAAAGACCUCGUUCAGAUCAAAUUUGCACAUUUACUGGCCUAUCUUCACUACGGGGUCCGGUUUAUUCAGUGAUGGUUAUAUCAACGCUUCCAUUGGUACCGUUUCCACAUGUUUAGCGCAGAUUUAUGGUGAUCAGUACUCGAAUUCGAAUGCCAUUCAAAACGUUUCAUCUAUUGCUUUUGUUGGUAUCGUUUUAGGACAAUUGUCCUUCGGUUACAUUGCUGACUACUAUUCUCGUAGAUUGGCAAUGUUGAUGGGUAACAUCAUCUUGAUUGUGUUUUCCAUCCUUGCUGCUGGUGCCUGGGGUGUCGGCACCACAACGACUCAAGCUGGUGGUAUAUUUGCAGCUAUCACUGCUUAUAGAUUCUUUUUAGGUGUCGGUAUCGGAUCUGAAUAUCCUGCUGGGUCUACUGCUGCUGCAGAAGCUUCAGCUUUAUUGCCCGCAAAGAGGAGGAACCGUUGGUUUGUUUGGUUCACAAACUUCAUGAUUGAUUGGGGUUUCGUUAUCGCAGCCGUUGUGCCAUUGGUUCUUAUUUGUAUCUUUGGUGAACACAGAUUACAAUGGGUUUGGAGAUUAACCAUGGGACUGGGUGCGAUUCCACCAUUCUCAUUGUUCUUGAUGAGAUUAAAAUUCAAGGAAAACAAGAGUUUCACUUCCACCAAAUUUAACAAGAUGAUGCCUUACGGGUUGAUCUUCAAAUUUUAUUGGUUCCGUACCAUUAUCAUCUCCAUCAUUUGGUUCCUUUACAACUUUUCCUCAUAUGCAUUCGGUAUUUACUCUUCUUUGAUCAUUAAGAACCUUUUAACAAAUGACUCUGACGAACAAGUUGGUUUGAAGGAAUCCUUCGCUUGGAACGUUUUAUUCAACGCAUUUUACUUACCAGGUUCCUUCGCUGGUGCGAUCUUUGCAGAUUAUAUUGGUCCUCGUUUGACCUUAUCCUUGGGUUUGUUCGUACAAGCUAUGUUUGGUAUCGGUAUGACAUGUGGUUUCAAAUCUUUGGAGAAAAAUAUCGCUGCAUUUACCGUUGUCUUCGGUAUCUUCACCUCUUUGGGUGAAUUCUCAGUUGGUGACAACAUCGGUUUGAUCGCUUCCAAGAGUUAUGCUACACCAGUAAGAGGUACUCUUUAUUCCAUCUCGGCAGCUUUCGCUAAAGUUGGUGCCUUUGUGGGUACUUAUGCUUUCCCACAAAUCAUCAAGAAUGCAGGUGGUUCCGAUACCACUAACGGUAUGCGUGCUCCAUUCUGGGUUGCUACCGCUUUAUGUCUCGUUUCAUGUUUUUUGGCCCUAUUCUUCUUACCUGAGCUUGACCCCAAUGCUAUUGUGGAUGAGGACCGCAAAUUCGCCGAAUACUUGGCUCAAAGUGGUUACGAUAUGUCGACAUUGGGUACUGAAAGUGACAACACUGUCGAAGUUGAAUACUCACAGGAAAUUUUAAAGUCAGAUUCUAUUGAUAAGAAUUAG